ACACACACACACACACACACACAGAGAACUCAUCUGUGACCCGCCCACUGAACACACACACACAACAGCGUCAGUGCAGUGUAAAGCUCGUCUCAUCACAGACGGACAGACAGAUUGUGUUCCUCUGUACGUGUUGUGUGUGUGUUGUUGUGUUGGUGAUGUAAUUGUUUAACUUCAUCGGGUCAGAAGAGGGCGAUCGGUCCGUUUAUCAUCAUCAUCUGAGAUCCGUCAGGAGAGAUCAGACACAGAGACGCUCGCAUGAACCGUGAGUUUCCCUCCUGUCUGAUUCAUGUCUUGUGUCUGUGGCUCAUUCAUUCUGCUGAUGGAUUUACGAGAGCGACUUUCACUGAUCGGUAUCGUGAUGUGGCCGCAGGUUCUGCUGGUGUGUCUGCUGACCGGGUUCUGCCGGACGGCUCCUCACGCCCACAUCAACCGUCUGGCACUCUUUCCCGAUAAAAGUGCCUGGUGCGAAGCCAAAAACAUCACGCAGAUCGUGGGACAUACGGGCUGUACGCCACAAUCCAUCCAGAACAGGGCUUGUCUGGGUCAAUGUUUCAGCUACAGCGUCCCAAAUACUUUCCCACAAUCCACCGAGUCUCUGGUCCACUGCGACUCCUGCAUGCCUGCGCAGACGCAGUGGGAGGUGGUGACUCUGGACUGUUCGGGCAGUGAUGAAGCUCCUCGUGUCGAUAAGUUAGUCGAACACAUUCUCCACUGCAGCUGUCAAUCAUGCAGUAAGGAGGGUGGACAGGACGGGACGCUGCUUCAGUUGUACCCGUCAGAGGGGGCGCCGGAGACCCCAUCGCUCUCAGACGCACAAACACACACAGACACGCAACCACAGCGCAGUCGCACACGUGCAGACUCUCCUCAUUUACACCUGCACACGUCAGAGACGGGCUGAUGCGUAUCAAACUACACUCACUUUUAAUAAAAAACAUCACACACUCGUCUCAUAUCUGCAGAUUAUUAUGAUGAAGAACUGAACAGAAGCUGGUAAAGUGAAUUAAAGGUCCACUAUGUAGAUUUUAGUGGCCUCUAGUGGUGAGAUUCUGAAUCACAGCUCACUCCUCCAUUUCCAAACACAUAGAGAAGCUACGGUAGCCCCUACAGGACAAACACGGCAUCGCCUGAGACAACGUAGCGAUGAAGCGCAAAGUUAUGUAGGUCAUAUUGCAUUUCUGUCAAGAGAUCCUUCUAAAAGUUACACAUUGCACCUUUAAAACAGCUCCUUACAUUUGAAUAAUAUCACUGUUUACAACAUCUGUAUGAGAAUAAACACACACUGCGCUGUUUUACACAAAUGUACUCUCACAAUCACACGCAGAAAUGUUCAGAUCUAUGUAUGUGUGUUUUAAUGUCACACACAUUUAUUUCCUCUCUCACGCACACAAACAUACGUUGUGUGUGGCUUUAAUUCACUUAUGUUAUAUUGUUUUAUUAAUCUCAAUAAAAAAAUUAAACCCA